AUGCCGGCAGUCGUCAGUGAAGUGGGGGAGAGAGGCGUUGACUGGGAAGUGGGAGAUGUCGCCCACUGGAGAGGGAGGAGGAGGGGAAGCGAAAGGAGACGCCGCCGGUGGGGAGAGAAAGGAGACGCCGCCGGUGCUGACUGGACUGCCGACAGAACUGGUGCUUUCAUACUCCUCAACACUGGUGAAAAUGUAAUUCACUCAAAGCAUGGGCUUCUAACCACUUUGGCUUUUAAGCUUGGCCCAAAAGCACCCACUAAUUAUGCUUUAGAGGGUUCAAUUGCUAUUGCUGGAGCUGCAGUUCAAUGGCUUAGAGAUAGUCUUGGAAUAAUUAGUAGUGCAAGUGAGAUUGAGGAACUUGCAAAGCAGGUUGACUCAACUGGUGGGGUAUAUUUUGUGCCCGCUUUUAAUGGACUGUUUGCUCCAUGGUGGCGUGAUGAUGCUCGUGGGGUUUGCAUUGGGAUCACAAGAUUUACAAAUAAGUCUCAUAUUGCUCGUGCAGUACUUGAAAGCAUGUGUUUUCAAGUUAAAGAUGUAUUGGACUCAAUGCACAAAGAUGCAGGGGAAAAGGGUGAAAACAGGAAUGCAAAGGGGGAGUUUUUGCUUAGAGUGGAUGGUGGUGCAACUGUUAACAACCUUCUGAUGCAAUUGCAGGCGGACUUGUUGGGAUCUCCAGUUGUGAGACCUGCUGAUAUAGAGACAACAGCUCUUGGAGCGGCCUAUGCUGCUGGUUUGGCUGUGGGGAUUUGGAAAGAGGAGGAGAUAUUUGCUUCUGGAGAAAAGGCUAAGACGGAUAACAUUUUCCGCCCCUUAAUAGAUGAAGAGCUAAGGAAGAAGAGGGCGGAUUCUUGGUUCAAAGCCGUGGAAAGGACUUUUAGCUUGGCUGAUCUUUCAAUAUGAAAAACUUCAUGGUGGUGCUGCUGUAUGCCCCUUUUCUUUCCCCUUAUCUUUCCAUUUAAAUGACUAAGAUAAAUCCUUAAUAGAUAAAUUGUUAAUUCCUAUGUUAAUAUUGAUGUGGAUUUUGAAAUAAUAAAUUUGAUUAG